AUGUCUCAGUAUGAAAACGAGUCAAAGCCUGAUCCAGCUGGCACAACCAGUGCCAUGCUGGAAUUGACAGCAGGAGCAACCCAGGACUUUACCCCGGUUAAGAGCAUUUGCGCAUUCCUGAACGCCUAUCACGUAUAUGCAGAUGAUACAGCACGUCCACCCGUAGACUCGUAUCACUAUUGUGCUCAUAUCGAGCCAGAAAUGCGCCAAUGCAUCAUUUACGACUCUCCUCGCAUUAAUGCGAGAUUGAUAGGGAUUGAGUACCUGAUCUCUCCGAGACUCUAUCAGACACUUCCUAAGGAAGAGAAAAAACUGUGGCACUCUCAUGCGUAUGAGGUCAAAUCUGGCAUGCUCAUCAUGGCCAAGCCAGGGGUUGUUCCCAACGUCGUAUGGCAAGCGGCGGAAAAUAAAGAAAUGGAAAUGCUCGUGGACUGGUAUGGAAAGACGUAUCAUCUCUGGCAGAUCGAUCUCAAAAAUCUCGUCAGGGAUCGUGACGAAAGAUUCUCUACAAAUACUGGCCAAAAUCGCGCGGCUCGAGCAUACAUCCCAACCCCAAAAAUCGAUCCAGAUGCCGACAACUAG